GGAGGCGGGUCUCGUUACACCGGAAGCUCGGGUGCUUCCGGUCGGUCCCACGGAUUCUGGGCUGUGGAGUUAAUUCAAACUCCCGCCCUCCGGUCCCAGAGACGAUGUUUUACCACAUCUCCCUGGAGCACGAGAUCCUGUUACACCCGCGGUACUUCGGUCCGAACCUGCUCAACACGGUCAAGCAGAAACUGUUCACCGAGGUGGAGGGCACAUGCACGGGCAAAUACGGUUUUGUGAUCGCCGUCACAACCAUCGACAACAUCGGGGCCGGGGUGAUCCAGCCUGGGCGAGGGUUUGUGCUGUAUCCUGUCAAAUACAAAGCUAUUGUCUUCCGCCCCUUCAAGGGGGAGGUUGUGGAUGCUGUGGUCACCCAGGUCAACAAGGUGGGGCUCUUCACCGAGAUUGGACCCAUGUCUUGCUUCAUCUCUCGGCAUUCCAUCCCCUCCGAGAUGGAAUUUGAUCCCAACUCUAACCCUCCGUGCUACAAAACAGUGGAUGAGGACAUCGUGAUUCAGCAGGACGACGAAAUCCGCCUGAAGAUUGUGGGAACCCGGGUGGAUAAGAACGACAUUUUCGCGAUCGGCUCCCUGAUGGACGACUACCUGGGUCUCGUGAGCUGAACGGACACGUGCUCUUCCUUGUUUAUUUGUGGUCUUCGGCAAGACGUGAAGGCUGGCUCUCGGCGCCCCCGGCUGGGCCCUGCCGCUCUCUGGAGGCCUCGGGGAACAAGGUUCCUUUCUCUGGUAGUCCCCCGGCCUUUCCUGACUUAGAUAAGGGCUCUUGGUUCUUAGAGCAGCCCAGCGCCCGUCACCCUGGGUGGUAACGGGCACUUAAUAAACGUUGUCAGAUUC